CACUACCCUGCCCCGUAUAGUCUAUCGCCUCUCGGACCCGUACUCAAGAAGGGUCUUCUGGCACCUGGACUAUUAGGAUUGCUAUCAGUCGUCACUACGCUUGGUCUUCUAAGCUUUCUCAUCUAUCGAUUCACGACCUGGCGGCAGCAUUACAGGACAUAUGUCGGCUACAAUCAAUAUGUCGUACUAUGUAUGAAUCUGUUGAUCGCCGACUUCAUCCAAGCAGCAUCGUUUCUCUUCUCUUUCCACUGGGUCAAGAGGGAUGGAAUCUUUGCGCCUUCCUCAGCUUGCUUCGCCCAAGGCUUCUUACUCAACAUUGGCGACUUGACGUCUGGUUUCUUCGUCAUGGCCAUCGCCUUCCAUACUUUCUACACCGCAGUCAAGGGCCGUCGCAUCGGUCACAUUGGCUUCAUCGCAUCAGUAAUCUCUGUCUGGACAUUCGCCCUGAUCCUCAGCAUCAUCGGUCCCAUCGAAUACAAGGACAAAUACUUUGUUCGCGCUGGAGCAUGGUGCUGGGCCGGCGAGCAAUACCAAACCGAUCGUCUUGCUCUGCACUAUUUGUGGGUGUUUAUCGUACAAUUCGGAACUGUCAUCAUCUACCUCUUUGUGCUCAUUCGACUACGGGCAGCUGUGGCCGCUGUGGUACCUUCUGUUCGGGUCCAAUCGACCAGCUACGCCAAAGUCGACCGCGCGGCAAAGAUGAUGGUGCUCUACCCUCUGGCUUAUAUCGUCCUCACCCUACCGCUUUCCGCAGGGCGAAUGUGGUCAAUGGCCCACCACGAGAAGAAUCUGCCGGAUGCCUACCAAUGCAUGGCUGGCGCUUUACUCGCUAGUUGCGGCUGGGUAGACACACUCCUCUACACACUCACUCGCAAAGCCCUCAUCAACGGC